CACCAGACGACAUCUUAUAUUCCUUAUUUUAAAUAGAAUGAUUUUCUUGUUUCAUUGCUAUGCAGAUUAAGGAUAUUCGUAAGGCAUUAUUUAUUUAUAUAAUGAUAUGUGAAAUCAAAAAAGAAUAUGCCAAAAAUUUAUAUAAGAUUAACGAUAAUGUAAAUAAUGAUGACUUUGAUCCAAACUUUCAUGAUUAUGUUAGCGAUAGCUAUUAUGAAAAUUCCGAAGACUCUAAUAAAAUUGAAGAUUAUGAAAAUAAUAUGAUUAUUCCUAAAAAAUAAAAGGAUUUAUAACAUAUUGAAAUUGUUCAAGUCAAAUACAAUAAUCCUUUUCAAAUAAAUGAUUUGGAAUCAAAUUCAUAAAAUUAUAGCAGCUUAUUCGAUGAGCAGGAAGAAUAACAGUAAACUUUUGAGGAUGAAUAAAAUUGGAGAGUUAAAAAAACAAAUUAGAGUUAAUAUAGGGUUUUCUAGAAGGAAUACAAAAAAAAAACUGAAUAAUUCGAUUGAUG